GUCGCCUCCGACUGCGACCUUUGGACGGGCAGCUCUUCCUUUGGCGAGUUUGCCAGGAGAGUUGGUGGCUUCCCUCCUCCACUGACUCCCCCACGAUGCGGCUCCCCCCGGUGUGGGCUGCCGUCGCCCUCUCGCUCUUCGCCUUCCCGGUCUCCUACACGUUGAACAGCCUGUCGGCUCUGGAACACUCCUGGGCCGUCGCCGCGGUGGGUGCCGUAAUCCCCUUGGGAUUGUUGGCUCUGGUCUACCUCCCUAGUCAGUCCCAGGACCCUCUCUUCUAUGUGUUUAUGGUCUUUUCCUUCACAUCUGUGAUCGACACAAUAAUUGCGUUGGAAGAAGAUGGUUAUAUCGGCGGAUUCAUGGAGUUCUACAUGAACGAGGGGGAGCCAUACCUCCGCACGGCCUAUGGCCUCAUGAUCUGUUACUGGGAUGGUGUGGUCCACUACGCUCUCUACCUCGUGAUGAUUGCAGCCCUGUCUCAAAGAAAGAGUUACCGGAAUUUCGGCCUCUACUGGAUUGGAUCUCUCACAAUGAGUCUCGUAGUUUUCUUGCUCGGUAACAUUGUCGGGAAAUACGGGUCUGAGAUCCGGCCGGCCUUCCUCCUCAACUUCCCUUAUCUGCUCAUCCCCAUCUGGGCUGCAAAGAAGAUCUUCAGCCAACCUAAGACCCUGCCCCUUCUGAUGGUGGAUAAGAUUUCUGAAGAGCAGAACAAAAAUCUGCUCCAGCGCCCCCUGGACUUGGGGCUGGUGGUGUUCCUUCUCCUUGCUGCAGUGUUCACGCUCUUCAGGGGCCUGAUCGUUUUGGACUGCUCGGCAGAUGCUUGCUUCGAUUAUGUGUACCAGCAUGAGCCAUACCUGCGGGACCCCGUGGCCUACCCCAAAGUCCAGAUGCUGGUCUUCCUCUUCUACCUCCUGCCGUAUUUCUGCCUCUGCCUCUAUGGGCUACUCUGUCCUGGGUGCACCUGGAUGCCGGAUUGGGCCUUGGUUUUCGCUGGUGCCAUGGCGCAGGCGCAAUUCUCGCACAUUGGGUCCUCCCUCCACCAUCACACCCCCUACCCCUACCGCACCCCUGAAGCAGCCUGGUGGCCGGUGGUUUUCUCCAAUGUGGCCUACGCAGCCGGACUCCACCUUCUUGCCUACCGCUGCCUCCGCAAUCCUGUCUUCUUCUUCCCGGUGGCCCCCCGAGACGAAGACAAGAAGAAACAGUGAGACGGGUGCUCCCCACCCAUUGCAACGCGGACACCCCACUGCAGAGGAGCUUGUGGGAUGACUCUUCUGCAGUCGUCGUUCUCCGUCCAAGAGCCUACUGCAUGUGCCCUGGGCACUGGAAGUCAGUCAGGGCGCAAGUAAGGCAUCUUUGGAACUGGCAUGUGACGAAGAAGCUUCUGGAGGUCCUCUCGACAAUUUCCUACAUUGGGGUGUGUGCACAUGCGCACACGUGGAAAUGGGUUCAAAGCGCAUUGAGGGUAAUGUAGAUGAUCCAUUUACUGCAGGCCAGGACAAUAUUUGGGGAGGGGGAUUGGUGAAUGAGUCCAGGGAGGCUAAUUUUCUAAAUAAAAGCCAAGGUGGUUGUUGUUUUUUUAAAAAGGGAAGUCCAGAAAUGGGCAAUGCAGGUACUUUAAAAGUCCUUGUUUACAACAUUAAAAACAUAUAUAUGAUU